GCAUGCUUCUGAAAUGAUUGAAUGAUGUAUGUACAUACAUAUAUUUUAAUAAUUUGCGCGAUUUAAUAUAAAUUAUACACGAUUGCAAGAUGCUUUCACAUAGGCAAAUUCCCACAUUUUUUUAUGAUGCAAAAGAUUUUAAUAUUAUCAUUAAGUUAAAUAAGGAACAAGAGUCUCAAUUUGAUAAUAUUUUGCAACAAACCUGGAAACAAGCCGAAGAAGCUAAAGCAUUCAGAUAUAUUUUAAAUAUAAGGAGCAGUAAAUCAUUGAAAGGAGAAUAUAGAUUUCUUGCACAGUUAAAUCCAGAAAGAGCUCAAUGUAGACGUGCACCAGAAUCUGUCACAUCUAUGCUGCAACCUUUUAAUUCUAUAGGUUUUAAUUUUACUAAACUAGCACAACAAGAAAUAUUAUUUGAUAUAGGCAAUGGUGACACAAAUGAUAUAAUUGCAAUUAAUGCCAGUCCUUUGGAACAGGGUCAUUGUUUAGUUCUUACAGAACGUUUAAAAUGUUUACCACAAAUUAUGACAGAGUAUAGUCUUUAUAAAGUAACAGAAUUAUGUCUUUUAAGUAAUUCAUGGUCUUUGAGGGCUAUCUUUAAUAGCUUAUGCGCUCAUGCAUCUGUUAAUCAUUUACACUGGCAUUUAUAUUAUUUGAAAUAUGAAAUGCUUCUUGAAUACAUUGAUCUUUGCAGUUAUACAUCCAAUGUAUACUUAUUGAUAAAUUAUCCAGCAAAAGGAUUCUGUCUUAAGUUGUCUAGUUUUAAAAAUAUUCGGGAUUUUGUGUCUCAAACAUUUCUUAUAGUGAAUUACUUACAAUCACAUCAAGUGGCGCACAAUGUAUACAUUACACGAGCAAAAUCAGGACUUAAUGAUGAUUUGUAUAAUGAUAUACGCAUUUAUAUUUGGGCUAGAAAACCGUCUCCUGGUAUUAAAGAUACUACUGCAUUUAUACCUGCAGUGUGUGAACUUUUUGGGCAUUUAUCAAUUAGGGUAUGGUACCAGAGCAAUUGGACAAUUCUUGUUACCUUUUUCUGGAACCCGAUGAUACAUACAGACCAUAUAACAUCAAAGGAUAAAGGCAAAGGAUGAGAGCAAUAACGAGUAAUUUCAGACCAAAUAUCAUAUCAAUCGUGGAGUAUUGUUGCCAAUUCAGAAAAGAAGGACAAGGGGAAAAUUAUAAGAUUAGUAAUUGCCUUAUAUUUUUUUUGUUUCUCAU